GGACACAGUGUGCGUGCGUGCGACUCUCUCUCCCUUUGCAAAGUUGUUUUUGCUUCCUCGAAGCUUCAAUCACUGCCGUCGACGUCGGAAUUGGCAUUGAAUUUUUCCGUGUUCGCAUCGUUGGAGAUCGGAAAUUGAGAAGGUCAUCGAGGCACAAUUCCUACCAGCAGUUGAGUGCAGCUUAAUUGGGAGAACACAAGGUUGCGAUGCGGAGAUUUGAGCAAUGCAGGGAUUUAGAGGGGAUUUAGAGACUGCAGGGAUUAGGUGGUGGUGAUGCACAUUGGGGUCGAGUUGCGAGUAGACCAUUGAAUAAUUGAAGCGCAGAAGUGGGAUAUGGUGAGGCGGAGAUUGAAUGGAGUGAGUUGGUGCCCCCUUGGGCUACACAUGUAGUGUGGAGCAUCUGAGAAGGAAGCGAAGGAGAGGCGGGUUGUUGCGAGGGAGCUGUCUGCCACAAUGCGGGUAGCUAACGCGCCCAAGCUGAUCGUGGAUGCGCUCUUGCAGCGCUUCCUCCCGCUUGCUCGCCGCCGUGUGGACACUGCUCAGGCUCAGGAUGGCCAGUAUUUGCGGGCAUUAGAUCCCUCUUACGAACAAGUGCUCGAUUCCCUGGCUAUGGUGGCCCAUCAUACGCCUGUACCCCUUCUCGAGGCACUCCUUAAAUGGCGGGACAGUGAAACACCGAAAGGGCUAUUUGAUGCUUCGGCUUUCCAAAGGAAGCUAGCUGUGGAGUGUAUUUUCUGCUCAGCUUGCAUACGAAUCGUGGAGUGCUGCCGAGCAGAAGGUCUCACUGAGACUCUCUGGGCGGGGCUUGAGAAGUUCGCGUUUGACUGGCUCCUCAAUGCAGACAGAGUUGUGAGCCCAGCGGAGUAUCCAUCUCUUGUUGACUUGCGUGGACUACUUUUAGACCUUGUUGCACAGCUGCUGGGUGUUCUCUCUAGAUUAAGGUUUAGUUCUAUUACCGAACGAUAUUUCACGGAGCUGAAUCUGCGGCGCUCAUAUGACACUGUACGAAGUGAGACACUAAGCCUUAUACAUGGAAUGCGCUACCUUAAACUUGAGAUGACAACGAGUGCUGGUCUCAACGCUGCUACUUCUUUCAUAACCAAGGCAAAUCCAUUAGAUGGAAGUCCGACAAAGAAAAAGGCUGAACUUCAUCAUGCUGUCUGCAACAUGUUAUCAAGCAUUCUUGUUCCUUUGGCCGAGUGCAAAAAGGGAGCUUGGCCACCCACUGGAGGCGAUCAAGCUCUAAGUCUUUGGUACGAUGCAGUUUUCAAAUUGCGGGGUCAGCUUAAUCUAUGGAUGGAUAAGCAAAGCAAGCAUGUGAUUGUUGGCUAUCCAUUGGUUACGUUGCUUCUCUCCCUGGGAGAUCCCCAAACAUUUAUAGAUUCGUUUGGUAACCAUCUCGACAAUCUUUAUAAGCUUCUGAAGGACAAAAUGCUUCGCUCAAUGGCCUUGGAUUGUCUACACAGGGUGCUUCGAUUUUAUCUUAAUGUAUACGCAGCCAGUCAGCAGCAAGAAAAAAUAUGGUUGUAUCUGAACAGUAUCGCCACGAUGCUACUGACUAACCUAAAGAAAGGUUCUCUUACCCAAGACGUACAGCAUGAUAAGCUUGUGGACUUUUGUGUUACUAUUGCUGAUGCUUAUCUUGAUUUCUCAAUGAAUCAUAUGAUUUUGGAGCUUUUGCGCACUGAGCUGAGUGAAGCCAAAGUCAUUGGUCUGCGUGCUUUAUUAGCGGUGGUCUCCAGCCCAUCACAUCAUCGCUAUGGGGCAGACACAUUUGGAGUCGAAGAUUUGCAUUCUUCUGCCAUAUCAUCUCUUCGGGGUACUUCUACAUCAUGGUCGCAUGCAUCAGGAUCGGCUAACAGUGACACAGCCUUGGGACAUAAUAUUGGUCCUUACAUUCCGAAGGUUCGAUCUGCUUUGGGUUCUAUCAUCAAGUCUUGCCAUGCAGUAUUCGGCACUUUAUUACUGACGGCUACCAAAAUCACAACAGAACCAGCGACGAAAGAAAAAUCACAAGGAUGGCUGGUGUUUCGUUGGGCUCUUAAGUGCGUUCCGCAUCUGAUUCCAGAGCAGUGGCAAGCUGAGAAAUUGACAGAAAUUAUUCCACAGUAUGCUAUUAGUGUAGACACAGGUGUUAGGGAAGAAGCCAUUCAAGUGCUUUUUAGGACUGUGCGGGAUCUGCCACAAAGUAGGUUUGCUGUCAUGCGGGGGAUGGCAAAUUUCAUUUUGCGAAUUCCGGACGAUUACAACUUAUUAAUUCAUUCAUCGCUUGGUCGCUUAGUUCAGUUGCUACAUGCUUGGCGUGCAUGUCUUGCAGAAGAGUCCUCCUCUCAAUUUUCUUCGAGGAAGACCGGGAACGCAGGUCAUUUGUCGACUCCGUCAACUUUGUCAGGAUUUUCUGAUGGUGAAAGGAGCAACUUUGAUCCUUCUGGCAUGGACGCAGUUGGCCUUAUAUUCCUUUGUUCCGUAGACGUACAUAUACGACGUACCGCAUUGGAGGUUUUGCGGUGCGUGCGUGAUCUACAGAAUGACAUAAAUCGUUACGCUUCCAAGGACACAACAGGAAAUUCCCCUUCAUUUGUAAUCGAUGUCUUCGAGGAAACUGGGGAAGACAUUGUCCAGCGAUGCUACUGGGAUACACUGCGAUGGUAUGACCUUCGGCGUGAAUGGGAUGUUCCUCCUGCGGAUAUCAGCCUCCAAUCUGUCUUGGAAAGUUCUGAUAAGGGGCGGUGGGCACGAUGCUUGAGUGAACUAGUUACUCAUGUUGCAGAAUUGUGUCCUAACGCGGUACAAGGAGCCAGAUUAGAAAUUAUCUCAAGACUGGCUAAUAUUACGGCUACGGAUUUGGGUGGUAAAUCUGCUCAGUCGCAUGAAAUUGAUAGCAAGCUUGACCAAUGGCACUUGUAUUCCAUGUUCGCUUGCGGCUGUCCGCCGGAGGACAGCACUGAUGGUGGAAUUCGUUCUGUAAGGGAUUUAUGUAGGCUUGUAUUUCCUUAUCUCAAAUCUGGAAACGAAGGGCAAGUUCAGCAUGCAGCUACUCUUGCAUUAGGACAUUCUACUUUGGAGCUUUGUGAGCUGAUGUUGUCUGACCUCACGACAUUCGUCGAGGAGGUCACUUCAGAGAUGGAAAGUCGACCAAAGUGGAAGAGUCAGAAAUGGAGGCAAGUGGAUGUUAGGGUCCAUGUGGCAGAUGUAUAUCGCAUGGUGGCAGAGAAUGUGUGGCCUGGUAUACUGACCCGCAGGCCUGCACUACGUGCGCACUUUCUCAAGUUCAUUGAAGAAACAGUGCGUCAGGUGCAAACAGGACCGCUUGAAAACUUCCAAGAGGUUCAGUCUUUGCGUUAUUCAUUAGCUUGCGUGUUGAGAUCCCUUGCGGUUGAUAUGGUGAAGGCACAACCGGAGAGAUUUCCACCUCCCAAUCGCAAGAAAUUAUUUGAUCUUCUUUCUUCGUGGUGUGAGGACACAACGACUGGAUGGGGUCAAGAUGGUGGAAGUGAGUUUCGGCGUGAAGUUGAGCGUUACAAAGCUGCUCAGAGUCUUAGAGUCAAAGAUUCUGUGGAUAAAAUUACAAUUGAGAAGGAAAUCAAUGAUCGCGUGGAUGCAAUUCAGUGGGUGUCAAUGAAUGCUAUGGCAGCACUUCUAUAUGGUCCAUGCUUUGAUGAUAGUGCCCGCAAAAUGAGUGGCCGUAUUGUAGCUUGGAUUAACGGGCUCUUUCUAGAACCAGCGGGGAGGGUACCAGGUAGCUACUUACCAACAGAAGCACGGAACAUAUCUCCCCAUUCCAAAUUCGGGGUAACCGGAUUUCUAGAAGGGAUGAGGGGCGGCACUGGUCGCGACAAGCAACGUGGGAGCCCAUCACGAGUUCUUCUGGCAAAGACUGCUCUCAUGAAUUUGCUUCAAAGUAAUCUAGAUCUCUUUCCUGCAUUUAUUGAUCAGUGUUAUUCAUCUGAUCCAUCCAUAGCAGAUGGGUAUUUCACAGUCCUGGCUGAAGUGUACAUGCGACAAGAUGUUCCCAAUUGUGAUAUACAACGCCUACUUAGCCUGAUUUUGUACAAAGUUGUCGAUCAGUCAAGACAGAUCCGGGACGACGCAUUACAAAUGCUGGAGACAUUGUCAAUUCGCGCAUGGGCUGAGGAGGGUGAGGAUGCGGGGCGGUACAGAGCUGCUGUGGUAGGUAGUCUACCUGAUUCAUAUCAGCAAUUUCAGUAUCAAUUGUCAGCUAAACUUGCAAAGGAGCACCCUGAACUUAGUGAAGCACUGUGCGAGGAGAUAAUGCAAAGGCAGCUUGAUGCUGUUGAUAUUAUUGCACAGCAUCAAGUUCUCACGUGCAUGGCUCCUUGGAUUGAGAACCUCAACUUCGGACAACUUUUGGAGUCCGGUUGGGGUGAUCGGUUGCUUAAAAGCCUGUAUUAUGUUACCUGGCGACACGGGGAUCAAUUUCCUGAUGAGAUUGAGAAGUUAUGGAGUACAGUGGCUAUCAAAUGGAAAAACAUCGUUCCGGUGCUCAAUUUUCUUAUCACGAAGGGUAUUGAGGAUUGUGAUUCAAAUGCGUCAGGUGAAAUCAGUGGUGCAUUUGCCACGUAUUUUUCAGUAGCGAAACGUAUAAGCCUGUACUUGGCCCGAAUCUCUCCCCAGCAAACCAUUGAUCAGUUAGUGUGCGAACUGGCACAAUGUAGGCUUGAAGACCCUCCUGAAGAAGUCAAAAGGGCUGACCCUUAUUUUGACAAUGAAGUUGGUGUACUAGAGUUCUCGCAAGGUCCACUUACGUCACAAAAUGAUCCCACAGCCUUGAGAAGCUCCACUGACGGCACCACAAGAAAUGUUAGUGGCAAUUUGAGCUGGCGGACAGCCACAGGGCGAAGCAUGUCUGGACCAUUGAACCAGAUGCCAGAUCUGAUUAAUGUGCAUGCAGGACGCUCUGGUCAACUUUUUGCAAGUUCUGGACCAUUGAUGAACCUUUCAGGUCCUCUUAUGGGAGUCCGAACUUCUACAGGGAGCAUGAGGAGUCGUCAUUUGUCUCGCGACAGUGGUGAUUAUUUUCCUGACACACCUUCUGCUGACGAUAUUCGCUCCAAUGCCCAGGCAACAGCUGGUGGAGACUCUCAAAUACGUCAUCACUGGCUUUCUCGUGCUGACAUUGCGCUUAUACUGCUUGCUGAAAUUGCAUAUGAGAAUGAUGAAGAUUUUCGAGGGCACCUUCCACUUCUCUUCCAUGUUACUUUCGUGUCCAUGGACAGUUCAGAGGACAUUGUACUGGAGCACUGUCAACAACUAUUGGUGAAUCUUCUCUAUUCGCUUGCUGGCCGGCAUCUGGAAUUGUAUGAUGCUGGAGAUCAUGGUAAUAGUGAAUACAAACAAGAAGUAGUUAGUCUUAUCAAGUAUGUUCAGUCAAAGAAGAGCAGCAUGAUGUGGCAGAAUGAAGAUAUGACCCUAACCAGAACAGAGCUUCCCAGCGCUGCUCUUUUGUCCGCCUUGGUGUUGAGUGUAGUUGAUGCGAUCUUUUUCCAGGGUGACUUACGUGAAAAAUGGGGGGAGGAGGCCCUGAAGUGGGCCAUGGAAUGUACGUCGAAGCAUCUUGCAUGUCGAUCACAUCAAAUCUAUAGGGCACUUCGCCCAAGUGUGACUAGUGAUACCUGUGUAUCUCUGUUGCGUUGCCUUCAUCGCUGCUUCAGUAAUCCAUCACAAGAAGUGUUGGGGUUUGUCAUGGAAAUCUUAUUAACCCUCCAGGUAAUUGUUGAGAUUAUGGAGCCAGAGAAAGCAAUAUUGUAUCCCCAAAUGUUCUGGGGGUGUGUAGCAAUGUUGCAUACAGAUUUUGUUCAUAUUUACACCCAGGUCUUGGAACUUUUUGCAAGGGUUUUGGAUCGUCUUUCUUUUAAUGACCAGACAGCUGAAAAUGUACUUAUCUCUAACAUGCCUCGGAGUGAAGUAGAUAGGGAAGAUCGAGAUUUAGGUCGUCUCGAUUCGAGAGGUUUUUAUCUUGGUAGUGAUAGGUCAUUUGAAUCUCCAUCAAGUCAAAGCUUUCCCUCUGCAAAUAGGGAAGAAACAGAAGUCGAGAAGCCCCCACCAUUUGAAGGAGUACAACCUUUGAUUCUGAAGGGCCUCAUGUCAACAGUGAGCCACGCAUCAGCCAUAGAGGUGUUGUCUAGAAUAACUCUGCAUUCUUGCGACCAGAUUUUUGGCAACUCAGAGACACGAUUGUUGAUGCAUAUCGUGGGAUUAUUGCCGUGGCUCUGCUUGCAAUUGCGCAAAGAGAGCACAGAAGUUCUUGAUACGUCGCCUUUACAGCAACAGCUACAGAAAGCGAGGUCAGUAGCAGCAAAUAUUUCACAGUGGUGUGUUGCGAAGCAGUUGGAUGAUCUCGGCGUAGUAUUUUCAGCUUACGCUGAAGGGCAAGCAACAGCAGUAGAGAAUCUUUUGGAUCAAGUAGCUCCGCUGCUCUGCGCUGAGUGGUUCCCUACAUACUCAAAUUUAGCGUUUGGUCAUCUGCUCCGCCUGCUAGAAAAAGGUCCGAUAGAGUAUCAGCGGAUCAUUCUUCUUAUGCUGCGGCCAUUGGUACGGUACACACCCAUAGAGAGUGCCAGAAUCCCUCAGGUGUAUGCUGCUGUAUCACAGCUGGUGGAAAGCCCUCUUUGUAUGGAAGCUGUGACUGUAUUGGAGGCCGUAUUACAGAGCAGCAGUGUUCAUGGGAGUGUACAUUCAGAGGCGUCUUCUGCAGUUAGUCCCCAGGAGAGUGGGGCAAUUAACAAUGUUCCUCGGAGCUAUCCACGGCGUCCUGAGGAUUCUGCACCAAGUCCUCAAAGGAAUAUGGCAUCUCAAAAUUCUUUCAAAUUGCGUGCACCAGUUCAACAGUCAUGGACUGGUUCCACGGGACCGGUGCCUAGUGGAGGUGUUAGUCCUGUAGCUUCCGACGUUCUUCCAUCCAGGGAGAAGGCAUUACGAAACACUCAGUUAGCUCUUGGUCGUGUUCUGGACACAUAUGGAACAGGAAGGAAACGUGACUACAAAAGACUCGUACCUUUCGUUUCUAGUAAUCUGGGAACAACCCUUCGACCCGGUAAAUCAGAACUUUGAAUAUUGUAUUCAAUACCUUAGUUCAUCACUAUUAUUGUCUCGGUGUAACGUUCCAAGCAUAUUCUUUCGAGCAAUUUGUGUUGCUGGUCAUUCGACAUCCAUAUUUGACAAGUCUGGAAGGAUCCACUUGCACUGGUGAAAAAAUCAAAUCCUACCAACAAUGAGGGAUGGACUUAAGCGCAUGAUGCUAUCAUGGUUUUGCAGCAUAACCAGCGUGCACACUCAUCCGCCCGAAGGGCUCUGUUCUGCACUGCUACAUGAGCUCUGAUGCUACCAGCAGGGGAUGUCCAGAGCACUAUGUCAUGACGAAAGUUCAACUUUCUAUUAUUUAAACGCUCGAGCAUCCGGGAGAGUUGGAUUAUUAACGUCGAUGUCCUCUCAGUUAAUCAUGUUGUGUUAGUGCUUGGGGGAGCUUUCUCCCUAUCAACUUCUCAUCCCUCUUUUGCUAGUUCUCCAUAUAAUGUUUUUACUUCUCGAUUUAAAAUCAGUUAGGAGACUAUACUCUUCAUUCAUGAUAGCAGUAUCCGCUCAUUUUUCAAGGUUGCUAGAGAAGUAGCAAAGCGGUACCGCGCUUUCAUAAUCUAGUGACUUCACAAUCUUUGUUCGAGACAGGUUCAGGUCGUUAGAGUAGGACUAGGUUGUAAAUUAUGUAAGUUUUUAUUAUGUACUAUCACGCUGGCUACUUUGUAUUGUGUUCUGUGGCACAUCAGGUGCCAUCCACUUUUAAAGAUCCUUUGGAGGUUUCAA